GCCACUGGUGAUAUCAAAUGGAUAGUUCCUAAAAGUCUCUUGAAUCAGAAAACAGAUCUCGCACGAGAGCCUGCUGGACACGACAAGGCCACUUUGUAAUAACUAUACUGUAUAACGCUGGAUAAUACUACGGCAUCGUCUACUUUGAACUAUUUCUUCGUCUGCGGUGCAGAUUUUAAACUGCACGCUGGAACAUUUUUUUUCGCCCAUCCACAAUCCUCAUGGACUUAAAACACAGCUAACUUUACAACUUUUGACAGCGCGGAUCGUCCAGCUCUUGUAUCCAGGCCAUUCGAUAUCAAAGAUCAAAGGACAAUGUCCAGCACCACCGGAAGAGGCCAUGGGGGCCUUAACCAACUAGGCGGCAUGUUUGUGAAUGGACGGCCAUUGCCGGAGGUGAUCCGCCAGCGCAUCGUGGACAUGGCGCACCAGGGCGUACGACCCUGCGACAUCUCCCGCCAGCUGCGAGUCAGCCACGGAUGCGUCAGCAAGAUCCUGGGCCGGUACUAUGAGACGGGCAGCAUUAAGCCUGGAGUCAUCGGCGGCUCCAAGCCGAAGGUGGCCACGCCCAAGGUGGUGGAGAAGAUCGCCGAGUACAAGCGGCAGAAUCCCACCAUGUUCGCCUGGGAGAUCCGGGACCGGCUGCUGGCCGAGGGCGUGUGCGACACCGACACCGUGCCCAGCGUCAGCUCCAUCAACAGGAUCAUCAGGACAAAGGUGCAGCAGCCAUUUAACCUCCCUCUGGACACCAAAGGGCCGAAUCCCGGACACACGCUCAUACCCAGCUCGGCCGUCACUCCUCCAGAGUCGCCUCAGUCAGAUUCCCUGGGCUCCACCUACUCCAUCAGUGGACUGCUUGGCAUCCCACAGUCCAGCAUUGAGGGCAAGAGGAGCCACGAUGACAGUGACCAGGAGAGCUGCAGGCACAGCGUGGACUCCCAGAGCAGCGGGGGUGGACCGCGGAAGCAGCUUCGGCCUGAGCACUUCGGCGCCCAGCACCUGGACUGUGGCUUUGAGCGGCAUCACUACCCGGCCGACACCUUCGUUACUCCUGGCGCCGGCAAGACCGAGCAGACUUUAUAUCCUCUUUCACUCAUCAACGGAGGCCUGGAGGACAGCAAGGCGGUGCGGUCAGCAUCGAGCGCCGCCAUUGGCCGGAACCUGACCGCGCACCAGGGCUACGCGGUGGUGGCAGACACCAUGCAGCCCCUCCCCCUCUGUCUGAAACAGGAAAUGUCCCCAGAAGUUACCAGCUCCAGUCCCUCCCCAAGCAUCGCACCCAGCUCCGCCUUUCUGGAGCUACAGCCAAUCACGGCUGCCGUCUCUGUCAGUAGCAGCUGUGCUGGCUCCACCCAUUUCUCUCAUGCCUUCAACUCAUUCACUCAUCAUGCACCUGUAUAUGGGCAGUUCAACAGCCAGUCACUCAUAGCAGGUCGGGACAUGAUGAGCUCUACGCUCCCAGGAUAUCCUCCGCACAUCCCCUCCAGCAGUCAGGCUGGCUACGCCUCCUCCGCCAUCACAGGCAUGGUGUCAGGUACAGAUUACUCCGGACAGACUUAUGGCCCAUCUCCCUACACCUCCUACAGCGAGGCGUGGAGGUUCACCAACUCCAGCAUCCUGGGUUCUCCGUAUUACUACAGCUCCGCCUCCCGCGCCGCCGCCCCCUCCACAGCUGCCUACGAUCACCUCUAGCCACUGCCGUCUCAGUUCAUUUAUACAGAGAUCAGGCGCCCGCUGAAAGGCACUGUCUCCGUCGCAGCUCUUUUUGCGGGUGACGGACAGCACAAACGGGCGCCGAUUUUGGAACCAACGUGCGCUCCUGCUGUUCGUUCCAGGGUGAUUCCCAAUGCUUACACGUCACCCGAUGCACAUCCAUGCCAGUACCUUUGGGUGUAAUUUUCUGUAGGGACUACCCAGAUGGACCAAAGUCAUUCAGGUUGGCCACCCCUACGCUUUGCAUUUUUGACUAACAACGUCACCUGUUUACUCCAGUGUCUGAAAAAGAACAGCAUACUCUAAUGUCAUGAUGGAGAGCAUUGUUGCAGUAAUAAUUUGUUGUUUUGUUUUUAAAUUUGCUUUUGUUUAUUUGUGGUAUCCUAUCUCUUCACAGUAUGUUGGUUUACACCCCGGCUGGCAUCAUGUUGGUUAGAAUAAUAUUGUUCUUUGGAACUGUGUUCGGUGUCUGUUCAUUUUCUGUUAUUGAUUGAAAACAACACCAAAGUGGGGAAUCAGGCACUUUUGUUCACAUAGACAGGAGUCUUGUCCUUUCUUGAAGAGUUUUCAUAUCUGUCGGAACACCAGCAAUGACUCGCUGCAAUAAGAAAAUAAUCAGGGGUUUGGUCCAUAAUUUGGCUAAUCUGUAUUCACUGUAUACGUACAGCCACACUCCCAGCUCACCACAGGGGUUCAGGGCAAAUGAAUUGGGUAUCAUCAGAGAUACUGGCAAUUUCUCUGUUUAUCAGCACAUUUCUUUAUAAACAGAGCGAGAACGACCAGUAGUUAAUUUGACCAGUUAAUUAAAUACAAAGUUGGUAAAAAAAUUGACUGUUUCGAUUCAGCACUAUAGGACAACAAUAGUUUUGGAUUUACAGACACCAGAAAUUAUACAGUCUAUUGUUCAUGUUAGAGAGAACCUGGCCCAGCAAUGAAACAGUGAGCGAGCACAUAGUAGAUUAUUUGGGUGUAGCAGCAAUGGAACAGAACAAGUUUGCUACGCAACCACAACAGUGUCCAUUCCCCCGUUUAACUGGUAUGUAUAUAGCAUUCAUUGCAACCCAACUUUGAUCUAAAGAAACAAUUUGAAUACAGGGGUGAGCAAAGUAUUGAUAAAUGGGUUAAAAUAUGCAAGAAAUUGCACCCCUUUUUGUCAAGAAAACAAUAAUUUUAACCUUUUUUGGAAGAUGUCUAGAAUUUACUGUCAUGCAAAAUCUUUAACGGCAUCAUUUGUUUGAACUCUAUUGUUAUUGUUAUUAUUUCCUAUAUUGUUAUUAUUGUGUAAAUAAAGUAUUUCUAAAGAAUUAUUUUAAUUAAAUAAAGCAUGACAAUGUAAA